CCUCUCUCUCUCUCUCUCUCUCUCUCUCGCCGGCGGAAAGAAAGAAGGAACGGGAGAGACGAAAGAAAGGAAUCUCCAUUUCUUCUUGUGCGUAUUCUUCUUUACUCCUCCCCCCUUCUCUCUCUCUCUCUCUCUAGCGUGUUUUAGAAUGGCCACUGUCAACUACAACGCACCCGCGGCCACUCCGGCGGCGACUGCUCCGGCAAAGAAUGUCGAUACCCAAUCUGUGCUCAAAAGGUUGCAGUCGGAGCUGAUGGCCUUAAUGAUGAGUGGAGAAACAGGGAUAUCAGCAUUUCCAGAGGAAGACAACAUCUUCUGCUGGAAGGGAACAAUUACAGGUAGCAAAGAUACAGUCUUUGAAGGAACUGAGUACAAGCUGUCCCUAGCUUUCUCCAACAACUACCCUUUCAAGCCACCAAAGGUGAAGUUCGAGACCACCUGCUUCCACCCGAAUGUGGAUGUCUACGGCAACAUCUGCCUGGACAUUCUCCAGGACAAGUGGUCUUCUGCGUAUGACGUUCGGACGAUUCUGUUAUCCAUCCAGAGCUUGCUUGGAGAGCCAAACAUCAGUUCGCCGCUCAACACUCAGGCAGCACAAAUGUGGAGCAAUCAAGAAGAGUACCGGAAGAUGGUGGAGAAGUUGUACAGGCCUCCAGCAGCAACAGCAUAGGACAGAUGAUAUUCUGGGUUUCGCUUUGCUUACUUGGAUGUCCAUGGGAGAUUACUACUCUUGCCAUCUGUUUCUAAUGAAUGAGAUAAUACCAUUUGAUUACUCUACUCUCUCUCUCUCUCUCUCUCUCUCUGCCAUGGUAUGCUUUUGAAUAAGAUAAAAGAAUAUCG